UAGUAUCCCACUCUUGCAAAAUCAGUGAAUGUGUUCAUUAUUAUCCAAUGGUACAAUUUUUUAAGUUCAAUAAUUUCCCUUUUCUCAUUAAUUAACUGCCCUAUUUCAUAUUUUCGACUUUUGAAAUUUGAGCUAAAUAAUUUAAGUAUUUAAAAAAUGACAGUGCGCACCUACACCAAAUUGCAUUUGAUUGUCUAUCUUGCUAUAUUUACCGUUUGCAUUGUGACACUCAAGGCAAUUUUGCAUAAAUCCACAUCGGAACCUAGGCGUAGGAACGAAUCUCCCAAUUUAGAAAUCGAAAUCUCUGAUUUCCGUGUUGAAGAACAAAGUGUGGAUUUUGAAGAGCAAACUGAGGUUUCGUUGAUCGAUACAGGAUUUGUAAAAGAGUUACCAUUUUACAGAGCACGAUUAGAUAGAAGAAGACUUAUAAAAAUUUAUGACUGGGUCUGGACUGGUGAAAGAUGGGACGAAUUACUCAGUUCUUUCUCGAUAUGUCUUUCUACUCAAGGUUCCAUGGACCGAAUUAUGUCCGUACCAGAACUCGUGGAAGCUUGGCGUGGUCCAGUUUCACUAGCUGUGUAUAUUACCAACCCGAACGAAUGGGUUGGACUCAAUCUAUUGGUUAAUCACUACCGGAAGUGUCACCCUCUGUUCAGAGAUUAUGUCUCGAUCCACUUGGCAAUUCCCGUUCAAAUUGAGAAUACCUGGACGGCAGACCUCCAACAACUGGAAGACGAGGAAGAGGCUGAGAAAUUUGUUACGAGUUUUACCAAUUUGCCAUGCACGACGUCGGAUAAAGUUUUGCAACACAUGAUUAAAAAAAUCCAGGCCAAUGAAGAUUCAAAACUCUUGAUGGAGAAUUAUCCACAGAAUCACAUGCGAAACAUUGCAGAAAAGGCUUGUGGCACUGAAUGGACGUUUUCCACAGAUAUAGACAUCAUCCCUCGUCCAGAUUCUGCCACCCUUCUUCAAGACUUCAUUCUUACUGACUAUGUACAGGAAUGUCAACAGUGCGCCUUUGUAGUUCCUACAUUUGAGCUAGAUAUUAAACAAUCAUACCCAGCAUCAAAAAAAGAAUUGGUGCAGUUGUGGAACAGUAGUUUAGCUCAGCCAUUUCAUUUCGAUGUGUUCUUGAAAGCGCAUAACGCAACAAAUUAUAAAAGAUGGGCCAGGACGAACUUGGGAGAAGAACCGAUAAAAGUGUCUCAUAAAGCUACUCGGAAAUAUAUGCAGUACUAUGAACCAUUUUACAUAAGCCCAAGCAAUAUUCCCGAGUUUCAAGAAAGAUUUAUCGGAUAUGGAUUUACACGAAGUUCUCAGACACAAGAAGCCUUAACGGAAGGGUGGAAGUUUCAAGUACUAACUCCCGUAUUUGCUAUUCAUUGGGGGCUACAAAAUCGAGAAACUCUCAUAAAUCCUGGAAAUGAAAAAAUUAUACGAAGAAGACAAACAUUCUUCAACAGACGAAUUUUCAAACGGUUCAUGAUAGAGCUGGAGCUCAGGAGAAAGUUGAAGCAGGAAGCAAACUAUGAAGAAAAACACGGGACUACACCAGACUUUUCCAAAUAUUAGUAAUAAUUACAUAUUUUUGGGUAUCGUUACCCCAAAUGAUAUUACUCUCUGUAAAACACUAAUUCAUUUUACGGUGUUCAUUUGAUUUCUGUUAAAAAUACGGGUUAACAAAAUUCUGAAACUUAAAUAACUUGGCGUCAUGUACUUUUUUGUAGUUUCACCAUUGAUAAAUCAUUUUCAACAUGAGAGGGUAAAAAAUAAUACGAGAUUUUUUUAAUUCGGAUCACUGGACAAGGAUCUUUCGAGUUUACUGUAACAAGCAUUGCUAAGCUUGCGAAUUAUUGCUAUUUCGAAGAUAUUAAAGAAAAAGAGUAAGAGAAUUGAGAAUUUUUCCAAAAUACUGCAACCCAAAAAAGCUCAUGCACAUAUUUAAUAUCUCCGAAUUAAAA